CAACCGGCGCAGUCGGAGCGGAGCUGCUGCGCGCGAUGGCGGCGCCCCCGGAGCCCACCCCGGUCCCCGCCGAGGAGGAGCCCCGCUCGGAGGAGCCCCGCUCGGACAGCAGAGGUGGUCGCCUCUCGUUCUGUACAAAGGUGUGUUACGGCAUUGGUGGGGUCCCCAACCAGGUGGCCUCCAGCGCCUCAGCCUUUUACCUGCAGCUCUUCCUGCUAGAUGUGGCACAGAUCCCUGCUGCCCAAGCCUCACUGGUCCUGUUUGGAGGGAGGGUAUCUGGGGCAGUUGCUGACCCUGUGGCCGGGUUCUUCAUCAACAAAAGCAGGAGGACAGGGUCUGGACGACUCAUGCCCUGGGCGCUGGGCUGCAUGCCCUUCAUCGCCCUGGCCUACUUCUUCCUGUGGUUCCUGCCCCCCUUCACCAGCCUGCGUGGCCUCUGGUACACCACCUUCUACUGCUUGUUUCAGGCCCUGGCUACGUUCUUUCAGGUACCCUACACAGCGCUCACUAUGAUCCUCACCCCCAUCCCCAGGGAGCGGGACUCUGCCACUGCCUACCGGAUGACCAUGGAGAUGGCAGGGACCCUGAUAGGAGCCACUGUCCAUGGACUGAUCGUGUCCAGUGCCCACAGGUCUCAGCAGUGUGAGGACACUGUGCUCUCCAGGCCUGCUACUGUCUCUCCAGAUGCAACCCGUCUCUACUCCAUUGCAGCUGCUGUGGUUGCUGUAACUUACCCUGUGUGUGGCAGUCUGCUCUGCCUAGGCGUGAAGGAGCAGCCAGAGCCCUCCGUCCCAGCCUCAGGCCAAAGCUUGAGCUUCCUAGCUGGGCUGAGCCUCACUACCCGGCACCCACCCUACGUGAUUCUGGUGGCCUCCUUCCUGUUCAUUUCAGCUGCCAUUCAGGUGGAGCAGAACUACCUGGUCCUGUUUUGUACACAUGCUACCCGGCUACAUGACCAUGUCCAGAACCUGGUGUUAACCAUCCUGGUCUCAGCCGUGCUGAGCACUCCACUGUGGGAGCGGGUUCUCCAGCGAUUUGGGAAGAGGACAUCAGCCUUUGGCAUCUGUGCGAUGGUGCCCUUUUCAAUCUUGCUGGCAGCUGUGCCCACAGCCCCCGUGGCAUAUACUGUGGCCUUCUUCUCUGGCAUGAGCAUUGCUGUGUCCCUGCUGCUACCCUGGUCCAUGCUGCCAGACGUAGUGGAUGACUUCCAGCUGAAGCAUCAGCGUGCCCUGGGUCUGGAGACAAUCUUCUACUCGUCCUACGUCUUCUUCACCAAGCUUUCAGGAGCAGGCGCCCUGGGCAUCUCCACCCUGAGUCUGGAGUUUGCAGGGUAUAAGGCAGGAGCCUGUGAGCAGGCGGAGGAGGUGGUGGUUACCCUCAAGGUCCUUAUUGGUGCUGUGCCCACCUGCAUGAUCCUCACUGGUCUGUGCAUCCUUAUGGUUGGACCCACUGCCAAGGUGCCAACCCAGGACACCUCCUGCCAGCUAAGCCUUCGAAGAAGGACCAGCUACAGUCUUGCGUGAAGUUCAAGAGGACUCUGUAAGCCGAACAGCAGAAGCUUGUGUCUUCUAGGCCUCAAGUCUCUCAUUGGCCCUUGAGCACCUGCCUGGCAGUUUAGCACACAGCAUUUUCCCUUGGCCUAUGGACUCUUCAGUGACUUCUCCUGAGGGGACCAGACUGGGUUCCAGGACCCCCAUCUGGCAUCUCUAUCUUAUGAAAACACAGAAACUACAGUUUUCUAGAGACCAUGCCUUUGGUGCAGAAAGAUCCAUUAAGGUUUAUUUUUUCAAAAUAAAAGGUUUAUGUUCCGCAGUCUGUAAAAUGUAACUGUGGAUAGCCUUUUCAUCCCACUGCUGGAAUCCCAUGAGGAGGGGAGGAUAAAGGUGUUCAAUGUCAUUAAACCUGGCCAUGUACCUGGGGCAUAUAUCUUCACAUGCAUUCCUUAGACCAGGGACACCAUGUGGGAGCCAGGUUCCUCCUGUCCUCAGGAAGAGACACAAAGUUGAGACUCUAGGGUGACCCAAGGCACAGGUGAUGGUGGCUCAUAUGGAUCGGGCCUGGGGAGGGCCCAGAAGUGUUCAACAUGAAUAAAUGUUUGCCAAAUGAAUGAGGACAGGUUACCCUCAUCCUUAAAACCAACAAAAAAUAGAUUUCUUUCUUUCCUUGGUUUUCUCCUCUUCAAAUAAUCUGUCUUAUUGGUCUCCCCAAUCCCUGCCCUUGCUAUCUCCUCUGCCUCACCUGCCAUGCUUAACCCAUUAAACUUGGCCUUGGCCUCCAUGACCAAGGAGAGAGUGCUGCUGACAAGAUGAAAGGGAGAUCUGAGUUUAUAUGAUGCUUCCAUCUUUUUCAAGUGACUGGUUGACUUAUUUAACAAGUUUGAGCCUCAUUUUUUAGUUUUGCAUUGUUUUUAUUAU